AUGGCUGUUAACAACGAUACAAUAAUCUAUUCUCUUCAUCAACUAGAAACUCUUCUGUUCCAUGGCAACUUACUUGAUGAAAUUGAGUCUCACCCAUUAAUUAGUCUUCGUGAUCAAUUGGAAUCAAUUAAUCCCAAACCGGAUUCAAGAACAAUUGAUGAAGAUAAGAAACUUAUUGCUGAGCUUAAUUACUUUGAAAUAAAUGCUUUUUAUCAUCUUAUCAAACAAUAUUCUUUAAUAGUUCCAUCUACUCUCUUAACAGCUCUAUUCGAUGUAAUUCGUUUUAAAAUCUCUAUGGAUAUGGAAACAUAUCCAUCGAUAUGUGAAUAUUAUUUUGAUUGGUCACUUACUUAUUUAGCUGCUGAUUCUACAAUUAAUUAUCUAAUUGAUACAAAACAUGUUCCAUCAAAUAUGGAUGAAUAUUUUCUUGCUCUAUUUUCUCGUAUUGGUCACCAAUCGGUUUGUAUUAAAAGUCAUAUUUCUUAUUCAAUGAGUAUUUCACAGAAAAAGACUCCAACAUUUUUUCAAUUAAACGAUUCAACCGAACGUCUUUUACAAGCGUUUAUAAUUUAUUUAAAUAAUUACUUUUUAAACAACCAUCAACAAUGCCAAAGUCAUUUUCGUAUUCUAAAUUGGAUUCUCAAUAUGACAGAUAUCUACGGGUUUGUUCCUUAUUUCGUUAAGACUGGCUAUCCGAAUGCUCUUUCACAGUGGAUGUCAAUUAAGCACGAUGAAAGGAAAGAUAUUUCUCUUGAAUUAUGGGAUUUCAUUUUUGGCAUAUUAUAUAAUCUAACUCGGCAUUGGAGCGGUGUAGAAGCAUUGAAUAAAUGUAAAAUGAUUAAUACUCUCAAGCAAUGGAAAGAACAAUACGCAUUGAAAUUGCCAGUUGUUGAGGAUGAUAAUGAACACGAUAAAGAAAUUCUUAUUACUUAUUAUCUUGCUUAUUUGGCCUUAUUAGAACCGAAGGAAUUAAAAAAAGAAAGUAUAUCUAAUGUUCAAACAAUUCUUGAUUAUAUUCUUGAACAAACAAUACAAGCAUUUAAUUCGGCCAAUCUGUUCUGUGGCUCAUAUAAUGUUUGUGAAUUUUUAGAGGGACUUGCUAAAAUGGUUGUUAAUGAUGCAUUUCUUAUUUAUAUUAUAUCACGUGAAGGUAUCUAUGAAUUAUUUAUUGAAAAAUUUCUUUUAUUUAAUGCCAUAUGUGAAUCAACAACACUUAAUACAAUGAUUUGCUCAUCGCUCUAUACCAUAAUUUGGUCAAUUAGUUUUCAACCUGAAUAUAGUAUGAAAUUAAAGUCAACCGAUAAAUUGAUUUCAACAGUUGAGCAACGAGUAAAAAAUGAAUCAAAUGAUGAAUAUGCUUUAGAAAUGAAACGCGUAGCUAAAGGAAUUCUUUUUAACCUUGAUUGUUUACAAAUGGAUGCACAAGCAACUGCGGUUGAUCCCAAUGGCGAUGAUAAUCGAAUAAAAGUGAUGAUUUCAUAUGCACAUCGUGAUAUCACAUUUUGUGAGAAAAUUGUGGCGAAACUUCAAAAGUAUUUCCAAGGUGAUAUUUGGGUAGAUUUUAAUAAAUUAUCAGUAUCACACGAAGAUGAUUGGGAAGACAUAGCUAAAGCAAUAAGCCAAUGUGAUGUUAUUCUCAUGAUUGUAACAGAAAAUUAUUGUAGUUCAAAAAGUUGCCGAAGAGAAGUCAUUCAUGCUGACAAACGAAACAAACGUAUGAUACCUAUUUACCAAGGAAAUGAUUAUAAAGCAGAGGAUUGGUUUGAAAUUCGUGCUGGCUCUGCAACAUGGGUUCGGUUUGGAGAUAAGAAAAGUGAUGAAGCAGUUAUGGAAAGCCUUCUAAAAUUAAUUGAUGUACAAGAUAAAGUUAAACAACAUGAUAGCCUAGUUCCUGUGAGACAUGAAUCACAUUUUCAUAGUACAGCGGAAAUUGAUGCCAACAAAACUAUCAACAUUCAAACUGUUGAAACGUUAUUACCUAUCAAUUCAAACUCAAUUACAGAAGUUUCAAAUAUACAAUUACACUCAAGUCCGAGCGUAACAUCGCACGCUAUACCUGCUUCUCCAAUCGAACAAUGGACUUCUGACGAAGUGCAACAAUGGCUUCGUUUACCACCAUCUACUCUUCAACUAUCGUCUGGUCGAGCUUUACUCGCAUAUAUGAAGCUAUUAUCACAUGAUGAUGCACAAAAUGACGAAUAUGAAACUCGAAUGCGCCACCAUGGUGUAAGCCGAGAACAAUUUUCUAAUUUAAUCUCAUCAUUUGCUUCUGUUUGUUCAUUAAAUAACAUUAAAACAAUCUCAAAUGAGUUAUCUGAUCAGUGGACACGUGAAGAAAUAAAAACUUGGUUUCAACAAAAUCAUUUGUCCAGUUAUUUAUUAGAUACAUUGGAUUUUACCGAUGGAUCUCAACUGAUUACUUAUGGGCAAUUAGUUGUUAAUUCACCAUCACGUAUUGGUGAAGAAUAUGAUCGACUGAAAAACAAAAUUGGAAAAGAUCUUUUUCAUCUCGAUGAAUAUGCUCGACUUUUGAAUGGAUUGAAAAAACUUGUCAGUCAAUCAAAACUAAAAGAAGAACCAUCUUUAUGUAACAUUUUAUAA